AAGGAAACGUGGAACGGACAGAACGCGUGCAUAGCCGUUCUUUUUACACAUGUUUUAGCAGUGGACCCCAAACUUUUAAUAUAUAAGACCACAGAGUGAAGGUUAAUUGCUGUAAAUUCGUCUACCUGUUUAGGUGAAUGUGUGGGCCUGUACCCUGCAACUGGGAGACAGAUGGAGAAAGACACACUAGCACUGUCACCUUAUUCUCUUCUACAUUCCCCAAGAAAUAAUUCAGAAACUCAGUCCCUAUCUGCCUCUCUUCCACAGUCUGCUGCUGUUCUACCUGCAUCACUCCCUCUCUCCCCAAGCACCCCAUCCCCUUCCACCCCAGCCUCAUAUCUCCACUUCUCAUCAACCCCUCAGUUUUCUGGGGGGUCACACUGUCUCAGUCCCUCCACAGAAUUUGAGCAGGAUGACCUGACCUGCCUGAGCUGGCUGCAUCAAAGAGGGAACAUUUUGCCCCUGCCCAGAAUCACCACACUGCCUCAGACAUUAGAACCUAUUCCUGCCCAACCACUGCCUUCAUACCCUGCUAAACCUCCAUACUCUUUUAGCAGUCUCAUCUUCAUGGCAAUUGAAGACUCCCCAGAAAAUAGACUUCCUGUAAAAGGUAUUUAUGAGUGGAUUGUAAACAACUUCCCCUACUACAGAGAGGCUUCGGGUGGCUGGAGGAACUCUGUUCGACACAAUCUGUCCUUGAACAAGAGCUUCCAACGAAUCCAUUGUGACAAGACUCAAUCUGUUGGAAAGGGCUCAUUAUGGCGUGUCUGUCCAGAGCAUCGGCCAGCUCUUCUGGAGGUUCUUCGAAAAACACAUUAUUGUCAUCGUACAAGCAGCAACUUGUUGAACAGUCCUGUUUUGUUGGAAGCAGCUGAUAAUGGACAAAAUGUAAUUUACGAAACCAUGGAAAUAUCAGAUCUAGAUUCUUUGUCUUCAAACCCACCAUGCUCUUUGACACCUGACCAUGACGAGCUGGUUGCCAUGGAGGCUGUUGAACUUACAGAUGUUGCAGGAGAAGAGUCAGAGAAAGAUCCAUUAGCUGACAGUGGUUACAUUGAGUUACAUUAUUAUCAGUAUCAGCAGUGUCAGUACCUGGUUCUUCCAGGAGACACUGAAUUGGACCUGGAGACGGUUGAGAUACUGCAGCUUGAUGCAGAGGCUCAAGAGGCUGCAGGGUCACUGCUUGACCUUGCAGGAGGCAACCAAUGAUAGGUGGAACCUGUGCUAUGCACAAGCAAGGAGGGUUAAAGGGGAGAUGGGGCCACUUGUCAAAACUCUUGAAACCCCUUUGCUUUAUGUUCUAUUUUAUAACUGCCUAAACUUUGACUUACUAUCGUAAAAGGUGCAACAUAAGCAAUUCAAAAUAAUGUAAUGAUUUGAAAAGACAUUUGUAGGGACUGACAGCACUGUGGUGUUUUCCUUGCUUUUAGUGUAUUGUAUGUAAAUUUGUUUUAAUAGCAUUUGCAUAAUGACAAAAAUAUUUGAGAGAAGGAACCAAAAUAUUGUUUGUUAUAGUUGACUUGUAAUAAUUAAUGCACUUCCAUGCCAUUGUUCAUUAAGUCCCUCCCAUCAAGAUUGUUCUUUUAAAGAUUCUUUGUAUUCUAGAGGGAAAAGGUUCUGCUGAGCUUUUGAAAGAAAAGUUGUUGUUUUUUAACUCUGCAAUAUGUCACAAUUAUGAAUGUGUUCAAGUAUUAUUGAGACAAACUGCCAGCUGUUAUUUGGUAUUCACAGAAAGAUUAAUAUAGAAACCAUUUCUUCCUUAUUAUUGUCAUGCUACAGCAUUCUGUACAGCAAUUAAUUUCCUAUGUAGUAUUAUGCAUUUUAUAUUUUGCUUUAUACAUUUGUUGUUGUUGUUGUUUUUUAGUAGGUUUUACAGAUUGACACUAAAUCAUACUCUGACCCCCUAUUCUCUUGAUAUGUAACUCAUUAGCAAUAAAAGUACUAAAAUGUUAUGAUGAAAUCUU